AUGUUCGCCCAAGGGUUGCUGCGGGAGGGAAGGUUCGUCAUCGGCAAGAUUUCGACGGCCUUCAACAGCAGUGACCUGGGCACCAAGUACCUGGAGAAGACGGACUUCCAGGGCGCGAUGAUGUUCAUGAAGUUCGAGGUGGACACGGAGGAGGCGCUGGAGGUUUGGAAGAUAUGCGAGGGAGCUGAAGGAGAGAAUCGGUUCGGAGUUGCGACGGUUGAGUCAACGAUGCUUGAGAAGGCCGAUUCGGGUUUCGUGGAGGCAGUCUACUACCAGCUCAUCGCGACGUUCUGCUUCGCGAUGUUCGCCGUGGUCUUCGCCACGAGCUUUUACCUCGGAUAUGAGAUGGGGCAGUACCAGUCGAGGCCCGACGAGAAGAAGGAGACCAAGCAGCUUCCUGCCACGGUGCGUGGGAAGGACUCGGUAGUCAGGCAGAGGCUGACGGUGGCGCGGCCUGCGCCCAUGGAGAACUGUUCGGUAUGCACGAUGAUCUACGCGGACGAUUUCACGAUCAACGCGAUUCGAGAGAGGUGCUCUAAGCACCGUCUUGACACGAGCGGGUCGAAGAGUGAUAUGAUUCGGUGCCUCAGGACGGCGGAGCUGCCGGCCGAGGAGGCGCGCCAGGCCCCGCGGCAGGCAGAGCAGCUGGCCGAGGAGGCGGCGGAGGUCGCGGCGCAGGCGGGGGGGCCCGCCGAGGCGCCAGCCGAGGCGCCAGACGCUGCCAGAGAGGGCGAAGCCUCUGCCAGGGCGAGCUGCGCGGAGGCGCUGGAGGCCCUGGAGGGCGGCGGAGCUUCGGAGGCUCGGGCGGACUGCCUCCGUGCCCUGUCCGCCGUGCCGCGGUCCCCCGCCGAGGAGGUCCCUGGUCAGCCAGAGGCGCUGGCGCAGGACGCCGCAGAGGGCGAAGCCUCUGCCAGGGCGAGCUGCGCGGAGGCGCUGGAGGCCCUGGAGGGCGGCGGAGCUUCGGAGGCUCGGGCGGACUGCCUCCGUGCCCUGUCCGCCAUGCCGCUCCACGGUUUGGAGCAGCCCGCCGACGAAGCCUCGGCCAGGGCGAGCUGCGCGGAGGCGCUGGAGGCCCUGGAGGGCGGCGGAGCUUCGGAGGCUCAGGCGGACUGCCUCCGUGCCCUUGCCGCCGUGCCAGAGCCACUGGUCGACGAGGCGACGCAGGCCGUCACUGCCGGCGACGGCAGGGCGGAAUGCUUGCAGGCACUUGGAGCAGCACUGUCGUCCACCGAGAGCGAGGAGCCCGAGGCCAAGGCGCUCUGCUUGGCGGCGCUCCUGGCCGCGUCGCCGCCACUUGUGGAGGCGAAGCCGGAGGAGCUGUCCGAGGAGCCCGCGGCGAUGAAGGAGGUGAACCGCGAGGCGGAGGCGGCGGACCAGCAGCCACUGUCGCUGCCCGCCGCGAGCGAGAUCAACGACCACCAGGACGAGGUCCGGAGCACCCACACCGCGGACAGCCUGGACGACCAGGCCGUCGAGCGGCUGACCGCAGACUUCCUGCCCGCGGCGGCGGUGAGACCCGGAUCGUCGUCGGCCGCCACCUCGAAGGAGGCGGACACCAGCGGCAUCCACAGCGUGCUGACCGCGGCCGAGAUGGAGGAGAGGAUCGUGGCAGUCGUGGGCGGCCUGAGCGAGCUCGACCUGGAGGAGCCGUCGGCACAGGCGGAAAAGAAAUCCAAGGGCGACGAGGCCGCCAAGAGGAGAAUUGACAAAGACACAGGCGACAAGAAGAAGGGCUCGAAGGACGCGGGCCUCUCGCGGGAAGAUCUCGAGGGCGGCGCCGAAGCCGGGAGACGUCGUCGAGGAGUUGAGCGCCGAUGA